AUCUGUUGUCAUAGAACGCUUUGAGAGACGGAUCUGCAUAAUGGCUUCUCGGAAUGCUUAUGAGAGCAUAUUGAAGACGCUUGAGAAACCAGGUGGUGGUCAAUUCGGGAAAUAUUACAGCUUGCCUGAUCUUAAUGACCCAAGGAUCGAGAAGCUUCCUUACUCUAUUAGAAUCCUUCUCGAGUCGGCGAUUCGUAACUGUGAUGAUUUCCAAGUUACGACCAAGGAUGUCGAGAAGAUUGUUGAUUGGCAGAAUACUUCUCCCAAACAGGUCGAGAUUCCCUUCAAGCCUGCUCGUGUGCUUCUUCAGGAUUUUACCGGCGUUCCGGCUGUUGUUGAUCUUGCAUGCAUGCGUGAUGCUAUGAACAAUCUUGGUAGCGAUUCGGACAAGAUUAACCCAUUGGUUCCAGUCGAUCUUGUCAUUGAUCACUCAGUACAGGUUGAUGUUGCAAGAUCAGAAAAUGCAGUGCAAGCAAAUAUGAAACUUGAGUUCCAGCGCAACAAUGAGAGAUUUGGUUUUCUUAAGUGGGGAUCCAAUGCAUUCCAGAACAUGCUUGUUGUUCCUCCCGGAUCUGGGAUCGUUCACCAGGUGAACCUUGAAUACCUUGGACGUGUUGUCUUUAACAAGGAUGGUAUCCUUUACCCUGAUAGUGUAGUGGGUACUGAUUCCCACACAACUAUGAUUGAUGGGUUAGGUGUUGCUGGCUGGGGAGUUGGUGGGAUAGAGGCAGAAGCUGCCAUGCUUGGCCAGCCAAUGAGCAUGGUUCUUCCCGGUGUGGUUGGGUUUAAAUUGACAGGAAAAUUGAACAGUGGUGUGACUGCUACUGAUUUGGUUUUGACAGUGACCCAAAUGCUCCGGAAGCAUGGGGUUGUGGGCAAGUUUGUGGAGUUCUACGGGGAAGGCAUGAGUGAAUUAUCGUUGGCUGAUCGUGCCACUAUUGCAAACAUGUCUCCUGAGUAUGGGGCAACCAUGGGUUUCUUCCCUGUAGAUCAUGUCACGCUGCAGUAUUUGAGACUCACUGGCAGAAGUGAUGACACUGUUUCUAUGAUAGAAUCCUAUCUGCGUGCUAAUAAAAUGUUUGUUGACUACAACCAGCCCCAGAUUGAGAGAGUCUACUCCUCUUAUCUGGAAUUGAAUCUUGAGGAGGUAGAACCAUGUGUAUCAGGGCCAAAGAGGCCUCAUGAUCGAGUUCCCUUGAAAGAAAUGAAGGUGGAUUGGCAUGCUUGCUUAGACAACAAAGUUGGAUUUAAGGGUUUUGCCAUACCCAAGGAAUCUCAGAACAAAGUUGUUGAGUUUUCAUUUCAUGGGACACCGGCUCAAAUUAAACAUGGUGAUGUUGUUAUAGCAGCUAUCACCAGUUGCACAAAUACAUCAAAUCCUAGUGUAAUGCUUGGAGCUGCAUUGGUUGCAAAGAAAGCCUGUGACUUGGGACUAGAGGUGAAGCCAUGGAUCAAGACUAGUCUAGCACCAGGUUCUGGAGUUGUUACUAAAUAUUUACUACAGAGUGGCUUGCAGAAGUAUUUGAAUCAGCUUGGCUUUCACAUUGUUGGGUAUGGGUGCACUACAUGCAUUGGGAACUCUGGAGAUUUAAAUGAAAUGGUGGCAUCAGCAAUAACUGAAAAUGACAUAGUGGCUGCAGCUGUGUUAUCUGGAAAUAGGAAUUUUGAGGGUCGUGUGCAUCCUUUAACAAGGGCAAAUUAUCUUGCUUCCCCUCCCCUUGUAGUUGCCUAUGCACUUGCUGGCACGGUUGACAUAGAUUUUGAGACGGAACCCAUAGGGACAGGGAAAGACGGAAAGAAGAUAUUUUUCAGGGAUAUUUGGCCAUCCAGCGAAGAAGUAGCACAUGUAGUGCAAGCUAGUGUAUUGCCUGACAUGUUUCGAGCAACAUACGAAGCAAUCACCAAAGGAAAUCCGAUGUGGAAUCAGUUAUCUGUCCCUACCACUACUCUGUACACUUGGGACCAAUCAUCAACUUAUAUUCAUGAGCCUCCUUAUUUUAAGGGCAUGACUAUGGCCCCUCCUGGACCACAUGGAGUUAAGGAGGCCUACUGCUUGCUUAAUUUUGGGGACAGUAUCACAACUGAUCAUAUCUCACCUGCUGGUAGCAUCCACAAAGAUAGUCCUGCUGCCAAGUACCUCAUGGAACGUGGGGUUGAUAGAAGGGAUUUCAACUCUUAUGGAAGUCGUCGUGGUAAUGAUGAGGUGAUGGCAAGGGGUACUUUUGCUAAUAUUCGCAUUGUAAACAAGCUUUUGAAGGGAGAAGUUGGGCCAAAGACAAUUCACAUUCCCACAGGGGAGAAACUAUCUGUAUUUGAUGCUGCCAUGCGGUACAAGAGCGCAGGACAUGAUACCAUUAUAUUGGCUGGGGCUGAGUAUGGAAGUGGGAGUUCUCGAGACUGGGCUGCCAAAGGUCCAAUGCUCCUGGGUGUGAAAGCAGUGAUUGCCAAGAGCUUUGAGCGGAUUCACCGUAGUAACCUGGUGGGUAUGGGUAUUAUUCCACUGUGUUUCAAGCCUGGAGAAGAUGCUGACACUCUCAGUUUGACCGGCAAUGAACGCUUCAGCAUCGACCUUCCAAGCAGUGUGAGUGAGAUACGGCCUGGCCAAGAUGCCACAGUUGUGACAGACAACGGCAAAGCAUUUACUUGCACCAUCCGAUUUGAUACAGAGGUUGAACUGGCCUACUUUGAUCAUGGAGGCAUUCUACCUUAUGUUAUUAGGAACUUGAUUAAUGCAAAGCAUUAGAUCAACUGCAAUUUU